GAGGUCAAUUGUCCUUGGGUUUGCUUCAAACAUUUCGGAGAGGUAUUGUGUUGAUUUCUGAAAUCGAAGGUUAUUUGUUUUGUCUUGUUUAGUUUCAACGAUGGGUGGUGUUCAUGCUUUGAAGAGAAUCCCUCGCAUCAAGUUCCCCAACAGGCACCUAAAAUCCGCUGGUUCUGCCUCUGAGGGUCAAGCUUUGUCUUCAUCAGGCGAUGCCAGUUUAUCAUUCUUCUCAAGUUCAAAUGCGUCGGCAACAUUAGGAGGAAAGGCCUCUCUUCAGCCCAAAAGAACUCCGGUCACCAAUGAGGAGAUUGAGGCAGUUCUGUUGGGCGGCUGCUUCUAAUCGGUUGUUCUGAAACAAACUAUGAACAUUUUUUCUGUGGCUCUGAUGAAUCAAAGUUCACUUACAACGGUUCCUUUUUCUUUUUGUAUGUUGAGUGUUAUGUGUAAACAGUUUAUUGAUUCAGUGUAAGAAUAACGCAAUCCAAUAAGGAUUGAAAUUGAAAAAUAUACUGUCAUCUAUGUUAUUGCUUCUCUUACAAACCAA